AUGGAUCACAAAUUCUCAAAAGAUAAAUAUCAAAAUGCUAUUAAAAGAGACUUGAUAUCUUCAUUCGAGGCAACCGGUAUAGUACCUGUCAACGCAAACCGUGUGCUGGAGAAGCUACCCAGGGAAGAUCUUGAGGAAGGUCAAAUUCAAAAUAUUGUUGUUGAAUAUUUAAAGCAGCAAAGGUUUUCUAAUACACCAAGUCGGCGUAACAGGAAGCGAACCAAGCUUGUUGUCGAACCGGGCAAAAGUGUCACUGCCCAAACUACAGAAUCCAGUAGUUCAGAGAGUGAUAUAGAAGACCCAAUAACUAAUGAUGAUUCUGAUGAUGAUAUAGAUGCCGAAAAUGCUAUUAUGUCAUUACAGGAAAUCGAAGAAACGGAAUAUAUGGAAGUAGACAUAGACGAUAUAAAAAAACGAACAUUUUUACUGGUUAGAGUUCUUGGUGGAAUGAGAAAAAGUGUUACUUAUCGUUAUGUAGUCAUUGUUCAGAACGUUACGAAUGAUGAAGAAAUUGAAGUUUUGGGGAUGAAAUCUUUAGAUAAAACAAAGAAAACUUUCAAAGUAGAAGAAAACGAUGAAUUCUCGGUAGAUUUCAUAGACGUUAUCGCUAUUUUACCUCAACCCACGCUUGACGGUGCCACAGAAUUUUAUAUUUUUAAGAAGAUAAUAGAUGUCAAAGAAAUGAAGACGUCUCAAACAAAAAGGGUGCUCAUAGAACAGAGCCUUCAUGCUAGCACGGAGCCCGUUGAGAAUCCUGUGAAGGACCAGCACUGCGAGCUGUUCCGCUGGGCCAUCCUGAUCACGGUCUCUAGUCAUCCAUUGCACCCCGAAGGUAGAAACACUAACGUGGCAGCCACCCCCUCCGGUAAGUUCAAAGACGAGGACAUAAGCGCCAAUUUGGCACCGCAAAGCUUAAUAAAUUGGUGCUCGAGGCCUCACAGCCAACUUCGGGGACUUUUUAAAGCAACGGCUAGCAGCAGCUCAAAUGUGGGGAAAAAUGCACAAUUUGCGGCAUAUGUGUGGGAGGUCCUCGAGUCCUUAAAACCCCGCCGAGCACUUAGGUUGCGAAGGGAUCUUGCGCCACUCCUGGAGAAGGCGGAAGAAGAAGAGGAAAAAGAACAGGAAACGAAAAAUUAA